CUUUAUGUUCCAGGUAUCCCGGCAUUUUCUUUUUGAUUCAUCAGUACAUGGCUUUGACUUUGAGGUUUCUAUAGAGAAGUGCCUUCCCCGCCGCCGCCAUGUCCUCCGCCGCCGCCCGAGCCCUCACGUCGGUCUCCCGCGCAGCCUUCUCCUGGAAGCCGACGGGGCGCCCGCAGCAAACGCUGGCGGCGGCAGUGAGCAGGUCGGGCGUGGGGCUCCACUCGGGAGCGCGCGUCACCGCCACGCUGUUCCCGACGCAAGCUGGCGAGGGUAGGUAUUUCCUCGUGGAGGGUGAGGAGGAGGCGAAGGUGGCGGCAGAGGUGGGGAACGCCGAGCCACGGUCGCAGCUCUGCACGACGCUUCGGCGAGGCGAAGGCGCCCACACGCGGGUCCGGACGGUGGAGCACCUUCUCUCGGCGAUGGAGGCGCUUGGCGUCGACAAUUGCCGUAUCGAGGUUAGCGGCGGUGACGAGAUUCCUUUGCUUGAUGGAUCAGCGCAAGAGUGGGUAGAAGCAAUACAAAGCGUUGGCUUGUGUGCGGCAGAGGAUGCCAAUGGGCUAAAGUUGGAUAAACUGGCGCCUGAAAUUCAUGAGCCUGUUUACCUAGGGAAAGAUGAUUGCUUUAUAGCUGCAUUCCCUAGCUCGCAAAUCCACAUCACCUAUGGCAUUGAUUUCCCAAAGGUGCCAACGAUUGGGUGUCAAUGGGUUUCUACAUUCCUGGAUGAGAAUAUAUACUCAAGCAAGAUUGCACCUGCAAGAACUUUCUGUAUAUUUGAAGAGGUUGAAAAAAUGCGUGCUGCUGGACUCAUCAAAGGAGGGUCACUAGAAAAUGCUAUGGUUUGCAGCAUAUCUGGUGGUUGGCUGAAUCCACCACUGCGGUUUGAGGAUGAACCUUGCCGCCACAAGAUUUUAGAUCUUAUUGGUGACUUCUCGCUGUUUGCACAGAAUGGUAACCAGGGUUUUCCAAUUGCUCAUAUAAUUGCCUAUAAGGCUGGUCACGCGCUGCACACUGAUUUUCUCAGCCAUCUGUCUGGAAAGAACACUGUGGACCAAGAACAACUUGCUGGGCAAUGUUCAAAUAUAUGCGGCUCCUAUUCAUCGUAUGUUCGGUAGUGGUUAGAAAGGCACAUUUCAGGACAAGCACCCGGUGACCCUUUAGAUUGGUAGGGUUCUAUUGUGGACAUUUCCCUUCAGAUUCGUAGGCUGCACCAGCAAACUCUUUGCCUUUCAGAAAAUUGAUUUUGCCGACCCGUGUGGAGUUUGAUAAAACUCUGUAUGGAAGAUCAUUUUUUGUCCAUCAUACAGCACUUUUUAAGCUUGCAGAUGCGGCCGGACCGUGUCUGUUCUUUU